CUGAACUGAACAAACAUAAAACACAGAGGGUUGGCUUCCUUUUAACCACCUUUCUCUCUCUAUAAAUCUUUCUCUCUCUAUAUGUAUAGAUUAUAAGGCAUCUAUAGGUAGCAUAGGUCCUGUGACUGCAGUAGUGGGAGAAAAAAACAAAUACCCAUCUUUUAAUGCUGCUGAAUGGUUGGGUCUCUUUCAUCAAUUCUAAAAAGCAAAAGAAAUGCAAAAUAGUGACUUUUCUAGUUUUUUUUAUCAAUUUUUUCAUUUUAUUCUUGUGUUAUUGGUAUUGAUAUUGAUAUUUUGUUUUGUUUGCUUAUGCUUAACCUUCCCCACACAGAUAAUGAGAUAAUGAUGCAGUGUACCGAACCUUCACAAGGCAUAGCAGAGAGAGAGAGGCACAUAAUGAGGCACAUAACUUUUAUCCUACAUUUUGAUAAUCGAUUCCAGUUGGAUUUGUGGUGAAACCAACUGGGUUUCUUUAAUCCUGUUCCUCCUCAUGAUUAUUUCUCUUUGAUAAAGUUUUUAUUUUGGUUGCUUCUUUUGUUCUUUAAAAAAAAGAAGAAAAAAAUCUCUUGCUCCGGAAGGGCUCUCUGUGAAAACGCAAUUUAGUAAAGAAAGGGCCUGUAUUUACUGUCCCAUUUUGUUGAUUCCAUCACGGCUUGCCAAAUCGAUAACUGGGCUGUUGUUUGUUUGGCAUGAUUGUCCUUCGUGUAGUUGUUCACCAUACCAAGCAAGGUUUUUGAUGGGAUUGUUAUGCCGUCAGCGAGAGAAUCACUUUAUUCACAUGCUGUGUGAAAAAUUGGAGCUCUGUUUUUCUGCAGAAUUUACUGUUCUACUGAAUACCGACAAAUUUUGAUUCCAUGUGUAAUUCCUGGAGGAGGCUUGCUUCUUGAGGGCUUUUUUUUUUUUUUAAUUGAAAUUUUGAGCUUUUGUGCUCGAGAACAGGUAAUUUAACUUUGUGUCUCUGUUAUGGUGGAUUUUUGUUGAAAUUCUGCUUGAUUUUUGAAGAGCGUGUCUAGGUUUACUUUGAAGCUCUGGAAUCUGUUUCUCAAGAUUCAUAAGUGGAUUUUAGUCGAGAUGUCUUUAAAUUGUAAGCAUUCUAGUUCAAAUGGCAAGUUAUCUUCCUCUUUAAAGCGAAAAAAGGCUUGGGUAUCAUUACACAAAACAGCAGAUGGCAGGAAAUGGAAGAGGGUAGUAGUCUUCUUAUGGCUUGUGGUUGUUCUGUGUUGGUUAUUUUGGGUCUUGAAUAGCUCGAAUGGUGGUUAUUCUGAGCAAAAAGUGGAGACUCCAGUUUCAAGUGAAUUUAAAGUUCAAGUCUUGCUGGAAUAUUGCAAUACGAGCAAGGAAGAGCUUCAUGCUUUAGAUUCUUUACUCACCGAAAGAGAUCGGUUUGCUUCUUUGGCAUGCUGCAGAGAAUCUGGUUAUGAAGUGCCUACAAGUUGUAACAUCACAUGUGGUCUCAAGAUCGAAGGUUCAAAGAACCAGAUGGAGAACUGGCAUAAGUUGGUAGAUGAAAAUGUAGAAUUCAAUGCCCAUUGCCCAACUAUAGAUGAGAGCAUUUCAACAUAUGUCGGCCUACCAUUUAUAAAAGACAAGACUGUGUCAGUCAUUGCGCAGUUGGGGUUUUUAUCAAUCUCAUCUAAUCAUAUCUUUUGCAAAAAGAAUGAAUUGCAAAUGACAGAACUUCAUAAUCAUGCCACUUUUUGUCUCGCAAAAUUAUGCUUGUGGAUCCUUGUUGGAGUUGUUGUAAGCUUCAACAUACCUAAAUUACACGAAAAGUUUUCGAGUCAAAAGCAUGAAAUGAUCUGGGAAACACAAUGUGCUCAGCAAACUCAGCUGCUACAGCAGGCUCAAAGUUUCUCCAGAAGUACUGGGAAGUGGAGGAAAAUCUUUUUGGUUGUUUUUGUCUUUGCCGGUGUUUUUUUUUCCAUAUGGUUAUAUCAGUACUUGAGUGAAGAUAUAUUCUUGAGAAGGAAAGAAAUGCUGGAUAGUAUGUGUGACGAACGUGCUCGGAUGCUCCAGGACCAAUUUAAUGUAAGCAUGAACCAUGUUCAUGCAUUGGCCCUUCUUGUUUCCACAUUUCACCACGGAAAGCAGCCUUCAGCUAUAGAUCAGAAAACUUUUGAAGACUAUACUGAGAGAACAGCUUUUGAGAGACCACUCACUAGUGGUGUUGCUUAUGCUUUAAGAGUUCGUCACUCGGAGAGGGAGGAAUUUGAGCAGCAGCAGGGAUGGGCAAUUAAGAAAAUGGAAACCGAGGAUCAAACUUUAGCUCAAGAUUGUAGCCUAGAGAACUUUAGCACUUCACCAGUCCAAGAAGAAUAUGCACCUGUCAUUUUCUCCCAGAAAACUGUAUCUCAUAUUGUUUCUAUUGAUAUGAUGUCUGGAAAGGAUGACCGAGAGAACAUCUUGCGAGCUAGAGCUUCUGGAAAGGGAGUACUAACAUCUCCUUUCAAGCUAUUGAAAUCCAAUCAUCUGGGUGUUGUACUUACUUUUGCUGUAUACAACACUCAUCUUCCUCCUGAUGCUAUGCCUGAGCAACGCAUCAAUGCUACUGUGGGGUAUCUAGGUGCUUCUUAUGAUGUUCCAUCACUAGUUGCAAAGCUUCUACAUCAGCUUGCUAGCAAACAGACUAUUGUUGUAAAUGUUUAUGAUACAACUAACAAGUUGGCACCAAUUAAGAUGUAUGGAACUGAUGCGGUCGACACAGGGUUACUGCAUAUUAGUAACCUUGAUUUUGGAGAUCCAACUAGGAAGCAUGAGAUGCAUUGCAGGUUCAAACAGAAACCUCCUCCACCCUGGCAAGCGAUAACAGCAUCUACUGGAGUACUGGUUAUCACUUUACUUCUUGGUCAUAUCUUCCAUGCUGCCAACAAUCGUAUAGCCAAAGGGGAACGUGGCUAUCGAGAGAUGAUGACGCUCAAACACCGUGCAGAGAUUGCUGAUGUAGCAAAAUCUCAGUUCCUGGCGACAGUUUCACAUGAAAUCAGGACUCCAAUGAAUGGAGUUUUAGGUAUGCUACAAAUGCUUAUGGAUACGACUCUGAAUGCCAGCCAACUAGACUAUGCACAGACUGCUCAUGCUUGCGGAAAAGAUCUAAUAUCGUUAAUCAACAAGGUUUUGGAUCAGGCCAAGAUUGAAUCAGGCAGGCUUGAGUUAGAGGCAGUCCCUUUUGAUCUGCGAACUGUUCUUGACAAGGUCCUCUCACAUUUUUCCAUGAAAUCUCAGGAACAGGGAUUAGAGUUGGCUGUUUAUGUAUCUGAUCAGGUGCCAGAAGUGGUCGUUGGAGAUCAGGAACGGUUCGGGCAGAUAAUUACUAAUCUUGUCGGGAAUUCUAUUAAGUUCACACAAGACAAGGGGCACAUAUUUGUCUCUGUGCAUUUAGCAAAUGAAAUUAUGCUUCCACUUGACGUGAACGAUGAAGUUCUAAGACAAAGCUUAACCUUUGUUCAAGUUGGAUCAAAUGCUUCUUGUAACACAUUGAGUGGGUUUCGGGUAGUUGAUAGAUGGAGAAGUUGGGAAAACUUUAAAAAGUUCAGCAGGAUACAAGAGGAAACUGAAAAAAUAAAAUUGUUAGUGACUGUUGAAGAUACUGGUGCGGGAAUUCCUCUGAAAGCACAAGACAGGAUUUUUACUCCUUUUACGCAGGCUGACAGUUCAACAUCACGGAAAUAUGGUGGAACGGGAAUAGGACUGAGCAUCAGCAAGCGUUUAGUGGAGCUUAUGGGUGGAGAAAUUGGCUUCGUGAGUGAACUUAAUAUUGGCAGUACCUUCUCGUUUACUGUGAACUUCACAAAAGCAGAAGCGAAUUGUUUGGGUACAAUGCAGCAGCAAUAUGAUCCUGCUGUUCCAGAAUUGCGAGGACUAAAAGCAUUGGUCAUUGAUGAAAGAAGAGUCAGAGCAGAGGUCACAAGAUACCAUCUUCAGAGACUGGGAAUAUCUGUCGAUAUAACUUCAAGCAUGAAAUCUGUUUACUCUCAUCUUUCCUUCUAUACCAAGACAAGUUUGUCAGAGCAUUUAGCUAUGGUUCUUGUUGAACAAGACUGUUGGGAUAAAGAUAUUUAUUUUCCGGUCCAUAACCUGCUAAAGACGAUCAAACAAAAUGGCUCCAAAAGUAACUCUGGGAUCCCUCUGAAAGUAUUCUUAUUAUCAACCCGCAUAAGCUCUAGACAAUGGAAAGAGAUGAAGUUGGACAGGUUAGUGGAUAACGUGAUAACAAAGCCUCUAUGGUUAAGUGCAUUGGCAUUCACCUUCCAAGAAGCUACUAAAUUUGGAAAGACAAGGCAUAAUACAAGUGCUAAACCAUCAACGAUAAGAACUCUACUCAAAGACAAACAAAUUCUGGUGGUGGAUGAUAAUGCUGUGAACAGAAGAGUGGCAGAAGGUGCUUUCAGAAAGUAUGGAGCAGUUGUUACCUGUGUGGAGGGGGGAAGGCUAGCUGUUGGGUUGCUUAAGCCUCCCCACAAGUUUGAUGCUUGUUUUAUGGAUCUCCAAAUGCCUGGAAUGGAUGGGUUCGAAGCUACUCGACAGAUCCGUAGUCUUGAGUGUGAAUAUAAUGAAAAAAUUGAUUCUGGUGAAGUAUCAGCUGAUAUGUCUGAAAAUUUGGCUCAUUGGCACACACCUAUAUUAGCCAUGACAGCAGAUGUGAUUCAAGCAUCAAAUGAAGAAUUCAUGAAUUGUGGAAUGGAUGAUUAUGUAUCUAAACCAUUUGAUGAAGGGCAGGUUUAUUCUGCUGUUGCACGCUUCUUCGGGACUGUGAUUUAGAUUUGCAGAUUUGGCUUAUGAUGGAACGCCUAGGUUUCAUGUUAAUUGCUGACCUAUUAAGGGCCUAGGCAGUUGAGGCAUCUGGCUGCCACUGGUGACUUCCCUCUCUACUAGCCGACUCUGCCAUGGCUCAUCAGAAUCGAAUCCUUGCUCAUUUCACGUGGUUGACUACCAUGACAGAUUAACAUAAUGCAUGGGGCACUAUAGGAGUGCAGUGAGGGAUAGUAUGAUCAAGUCCACAGAAAUAAAACAGGAGGAAUAUCUGCCGACUUCAUAUGGUCUAUCCCAGUUUUCGUGUUAUAUUUAUUGUACAGCGCUACUUUGUGGAAGAAGCACGUAAAACAUAAAAUACAAUUAUCAGAGCAUAUACUAGUAAUUAGCUUUCAUCUUCUUGAGGUUAGGUUGGCAAUUGUAUCGAUUAGAAAAUUGUUCUUUAGCAUCAUAUAGUGUCGAAGUUGUAAAAUGUAGUUAUAGUGACAGAAAUAAUACUGAGAUUCAUGCUCAUAUUAGUAAGGCCUCGUACAAUCUAUGGCAUCAGGUCAUUAUAAGAUGUUUUGAAAUUUUGUUCUUUUCA